AUGGCUUUCAUAUCAUCACCGAUCACUUACCCGCCGAGUUCUUCUCCGCUUGGCCCGACCAUUUGUCAAAAGCGGAAAUCGCCCACGGAUCAUCCAUACCCGGCAAGGCGCUCGUCCUUCCGUAAGCAAGUCAUCGAGAAGGACCUCCCAGGUUUAAGUACUCGCCCCAAAAACCCAAGCCAACCAACCAGGCCGAAGGGGCCUUUCCUUGAUGAUGAUGACGAUGAUGAUGACGAAGAAGUCGAUGCAAAGGGCGUAGACCAAGAGGAUAGCCCACCGUCGACGUCUCUGCGCUCGAGAGAUGCUGCGAACAAUGAUCUUGGGAUCGACCUGAAUCAUGAUAUUGAUGUCCCCAACGUUGGUUCCCAAAUGAGGACUUCUACCGGUCGUUCGUUCCCGAUCCGAAGAAAACAGAACGAGCAGUCUCCAUCAUUCGAGAGACUUAUGGCCGAGCGAUCUAUCACCGAGCCUGGGAAAGCAACGAAAAGCUUUUACGGUGUCGAUAUCCAUGGCUUGCUUGACCAGGCGACCAAGCACAGCGCGCGACCCAAAAAUGUCACACCUGUGGAUUUUCGAGCAUCCAAUGGGACGCAAUUGCCAUGUCACGAAUCAUCAAAGCGUAAUUUGAAGUGCAGAAGUAUGCUCUGGACCGAGAAAUAUAGAGCGCGUAAGUUCACGGACCUUGUUGGGGAUGACCGCACGCACCGAGACGUCUUGCGAUGGUUGAAGGCUUGGGAUUCCAUCGUUUUCCCUGGUUUAGCAAAGCCAACACCGCUUAGAAAGACGACCGAGGUCGAAGACGCGAAGACUCACAAGAAAAUCUUAAUGUUGACUGGACCCCCAGGGCUGGGUAAGACCACUUUGGCACAUGUCUGCGCCAGACAAGCCGGCUACGAAGUUAUGGAAAUCAAUGCUAGUGACGAACGGUCAAGCGCUGUUGUAAGGGGUCGAAUCAAGGACGCUGCUGGUACGGAGACCGUGAGAGGUGCCAAACGAAGCUCAAAGCAAGGCAAAACUCCCAAGGCGGGUAGACCUGUCUGUGUUGUCAUCGACGAGGUUGAUGGUGUGGUUGCUGGUAUUGGUGCUGGUGGUGAAGGUGGCUUCGUCAAGGCUCUUAUCGACCUUGUUGCCUUGGAUCAAAAGAGCAGCCAACCUCUGACCUCAACGACAGGCAAUGUCUUGAAGACGAAACACAAAGGUGAAAGAUUCAGGCUAAUGAGACCAUUAAUACUCAUCUGCAACGAUGCUUAUCAUCCUUCGUUGCGUCCUUUACGAACGUCCACUGUGGCGGAGAUCAUUCACAUCCGAAAUCCCCCACUCGACAAGGUCGUGACUCGUCUCAAAGCUAUAUUCGACGCGGAAGGAUUGCCUUGCGAUAGUGACGGGGUACGAAGACUCUGUGAAGCGACUUGGGGCGUUGGGAGUAGGAAGAGUGGCUCGGAACAAGCUAGCUCUGAAGGUGAUCUGAGGGGCUGUCUGGUGGUGGGCGAAUGGGCCGCCUCGAAAUUACGAGCGUGCUACCAAACAGGCGCACGACUGACCAAACACUGGGUCGAGGAGAAUCUGACGGAAAGUCUUGGUCAAGCAGGUGGUGGGUCGCGCGGGCUGGGAAGGGGAGGGACGAAGGAAGCAGUAGACCGAGUCUUCCUGGAAGGGGCUGGCAUUAGUCGCUCAGAACCUCGGUCUCAGCCUUCACAUUUCUCGACUGCUGAAGGUGACUCUGCUACUGGGGUUCGAGAGGCAGCUAGAAGGACUGCUACAGAUCGCUUACGAGAGGUUAUCGAAACGACGGGCGAGAGCGAUCGAAUCGUGACUGACUGCUUCGCUGCCUACGCAUCUCUACCUUUUCAGGACGAUACUUUCCUGACGAAGCCCAACACAGCAUGUGACUGGUUGCAUUUCCACGAUCAGCUUUCGUCAAAGGUGCAUGUUGGACAGGAGUGGGAGCUGGGUGCAUACCUAUCAAGCCCCAUCCUAGCUCUCCACCACCUUUUUGCUUCCCCUGCAAGGCAAAACUGGGGCAGUCAGAGAAAGUUUGUUGAUGAGCCAGACGAAAGUCAAUCUGCCCUUGCUGGGCCAAAGGCGCAUUUCAUAGCGUUGGAGAUGCUAAAGCAAAACACAGCUGUGCUUCAAGGCUUGCAAACAUCACUUACAAUCCCGCUGAUGCGAUCUUUUCGCUCAAUUAAAGACCUCUCGAUGGAACUCGUACCAAGUCUGAUGAGGAUGAUGACACCAGAGGUCCAACCCGUUACUGUUGGCGGCAGCGGUGAUCAAGCCGGAGUGGUCAGCGUUCGAAAAGGGAGGGAAAAGGAGAUGAUAGCGCACGCUGUUGGAGUCAUGCACGCGGUGGGCCUGACUUUCGAGAGGGCUCGAGUGGAUACAGGACGAAACGGAUUGACAAACUGGAUUUACCGUAUGGAACCCCAGCGUUCCAGACAACUAGAUCACGUAGCGAGCUUCGAGACUGCAAGCCAAAAAGUGCAGAAUGCCGGCCCGACAAGAUACGCCAUUCGGCAGGCAAUGGAUCAGGAGUACCAGCGUUACAUAGCCCAGAAGAGUGCUGAAGCGCGCCAAGCUCGAUACCAAGCAGGUGGCGAUACCGAGGUCGACGCUUUGCCAUUCGAUGCCGUUGACUUUCAAGCCAAGACUCUGGUGGAACAUAGUCAUCCAAACCCGGCCGCAGUGAAGCGAGAUUUCUUUGGGAGGCCCAUCGAAGACCAUUCGAAAAGUGCACAAAACGUCACUACAGGGAAUAAAUGUAGGCCAAGGCCAAUUUCGAGUGGCAAGGGCAAAGCGGGGCAGGUGUGGGUGAGUUUUCAUGAAGGUUUUUCGAAUGCGGUCAGGAAGCCUAUAACGUUAGCGGAGCUGCUCAGAGAUAUGUGA